AUUCGCCGACUGCAGCUCCAGCCGCCGCCCGCGCCUCCCGGCCUUCCGCAGCCUCCGCGCCGCCAGCACCAUGGCCAGCACCCUGUCCGCCUACAAGGAGAAGAUGAAGGAGUUGUCAGUGCUGUCGCUCAUCUGCUCCUGUUUCUACUCACAGCCGCACCCCAACACCAUCUACCAGUAUGGGGACAUGGAGGUGAAGCAGCUGGACAAGAGGGCCUCUGGCCAGAGCUUCGAGGUCAUCCUCAAGUCCCCUUCUGACCUGUCCCCCGAGAGCCCAGUGCUCUCCUCUCCCCCCAAGAGGAAGGACACCUCCCUGGAGGAACUGCAGAAGCGGCUGGAGGCAGCUGAGGAGCGAAGGAAGACGCAGGAGGCGCAGGUGCUAAAGCAGCUGGCUGAGCGGCGCGAGCACGAGCGCGAGGUGCUGCACAAGGCGCUGGAGGAGAACAACAACUUCAGUCGCCUGGCGGAGGAAAAGCUCAACUACAAGAUGGAGCUUAGCAAGGAGAUCCGCCAGGCGCACCUGGCGGCGCUGCGCGAGCGGCUGCGCGAGAAGGAGCUGCACGCAGCUGAGGUGCGCAGGAACAAGGAGCAGCGAGAGGAGAUGUCCGGCUAAGGGGCUGCGGAGCAGAGGCGCCUGGAUCCUGAGAGGAGACA